CUCUUUGGCGGUAAUAAACCCGGAAGUGACCCGGUUGUUUUUCUUUUCGAGUUUGCUUUAUCCGAGCGUACAGUUAGGCUUGUUAUAUUUAAUGGGUUAAUAACUAAACACGGAAGGCGCUUUUGUUUGUUUGUUUUGUUCAGUAAAAUGUAAGACUACGUGAGAUAAAUAAUGGAGUUAUAAGAGAACUGAGUUAUGAGAGAUGUCAGGAUUAGCCGCUAACCCGAGUGAGUAAAUGUGUACGCUAAUGUUUAUAUUUCAAGCUGAAUGGCGGACCGAAACCCUCCCGAGUCUGAGUCGGAGCUGUUCUCCGCGUUAGAGCAGUUCAUCUCCUCCAGGACGCUCCGCUUCACACCCGUCACCCCGCUGCGUGUCGUCGUGCUCGCGCUCGACCGCUAUCUGGCCGACGCGCGCGCCGCUCCCGACAGCUACAGCUACGACGUGACGGUCACCGACGGGAAAUGGCGCGUGAAGUGCUCCCUGGCGCCGGGACUGAACCGCUCGGUGCAGGUGAACUCUCUCCGGUGCGGGUCGCACGCCCUGAUCACGCGCCUCUCUCUUGUUUAUGACGAGACGCGGCUCCGGUGCGGCUGUGUGUGUGUAGAGGAGGCGCGAGGCGAUCACAACGCUCCCGAUAUUUCACUCACGAUAAAAGACCCGGACGCGAUUCGGUGGUGGACGCACGAGGCCGUCGGUUCUUCCGUGAUGGCUCUCACCGACGCGCCUCUGCGGAACAGCAGGAAACAUUAUUUAUCGCUGUGGAACAACGAAGACCCGCACGGCGCCGUGUGGCUUCCCUGCACUCCUCCACCGGAUGUCGUGAUCGACGUAUCUAGGAUUUGUCCUCUGGUAGAUUUGGACGUGUUCUUGGCCACACACAGACGGCCGUUGCCUCUGCUGGUGCGAGUUCUGCACAGAUCUCGUGUAAGGUAUUACGGAAAACCCGAACAGAACGUCGACUUCCCCUUUCAGGCGUAUUUUGAGGUGGCCGAUCAGAGCGGCGUGAUGUCCAUGGUCCUGUGGAACGAGCUGUGUCCGGAGUGGUAUCAGCGGCUGGCAGUGGGUUCGGUUCUUUACCUGCAGCAUUACACUCUGAAACGCAGCUACCAAAACCGCUCCAGACCUCAACUCAGCACCCUGCCUCUCAUGCCCCUCACCUCCACAGAAAUCUGCUUGAACCCUCGAAGUCCGACUGCAGUCAUCACUGUGAUUCCUCCUAAAAGCGUUCAGCCGCAGUGGAGCUUACCUGAGGUCACCUACAAUUUCUGUACCAGACGCGAAGUCGAGAGUCUGGCCAGUAACCAGGCAUGCGACAUCAUCGGCGUGGUGACGUACGUCAGCCGUGUCGAGCGAAUCAGGAACAGAGGAAAUACAGUCCCGGAGAAGUUCUGGACGUACCGGUGGGUUCACGCAGUGGACGGAACCUCGGACUCUCCCUUCAUCCUGGAGAUUUUUGCCUCCUCUCAGCCCGAGAUCUUUAACGGCAUCUGUCCAAUGGCGUAUCUCGUGUGUACGCACAUGCGUGUGUGUCCGGGUUCGGGUUCGGGGGGUUCCUCUCUUUACCUGACCAGCAGCACAGAGACUCAGCUCUUCAUCACAGGCUGUCACAGGAAGCAGCCGUACGUGUCUGAUCCGAAAGUCAAGGCCUUCAUCCAGUGGGCGAAGACUCUGAAGGACAGCGUAGUACUGAGGAAGACCACGGUGGGGGGGCAGUACUGUUACCCCCCUCCCCCGCCCACCUUCACACCAAAUACCACCAGCAACAGAGCGAGUGAAGGAGCGCUUCCGUCGUUAAUGGCCGUAGGGGACCUAUGGAAGGAGCUGGAGAGUCUGCAGUAUAGAGAACACAGGAGAGUGGCGGUACAAGGCCACAUCACUGCUGUGCAAUACCACCGGUGGCCACCUGAGGCGCCACACACCACACCUCCGAGUGAACAGCUGGUGGAGCAUGACUCUGUGGGUGUGGCCAGAGGCUCUUCCCUUAGCACAGGAGCAGACGGACAGAGCGAGACGUCCCCGGCUCCAUCACGAAGCGAUGCCACAAAUCCUAAGCGGAGGAGGGUUGAGCAAGGCGUGCUGAGGCAGUACUGGACCAGAGCCAAGCGGCUGUUAGAAAGACAGAUAAAGCCAGCAGAUUGUCACGAGGAUGAGGAGACCAUAAGACGGUCUGACGAAGAGGACGGUGAAGCUCUUUCCACGCCGUCACCUCAACCUACAGACAACAGCGAGACAGGAAGCACCCCCGACACACCGCAAUCUCCCGCUCACCCUGUUGUGUCAUGGGAGAGCAGCGUGUGGCCGUUACUCAAGCAGGACGUCGUGGAUCACGUGCGCUGCGCCUCGCUGGACCGCGAGAGCGUCCCGGAAAAAUUCAAUUUCAACGACCGAGACGUCUUCCUACACAGGCUCAACCUCAGCCCUGCGAAGUGGAGCCCGGAACUUCCAUCAGACACCGACUCCUGUAAUCAAACACACACUCCUGUAAACUUCCCCGGAUACUUCACGCUCACGUUACUGGGGUUGAAUCAGCAGGCUGCAGUCGACUCCCACUUCCUCCCCGUGUUUUGCGCCGAGGAUCCGCGAGCCGCCGGGACGUCCUACGAUCUCCAUGACGACACGCUGACGUCAUGCCUUUCCACAGGACGUGUCUGCACUCAGGCCAACUUUUCACCAGAGACGUUACUGAGCUCCGCCCCGGCCCUGGAGGCCGAGCGGGUGGUGUGCUUGUUGGACGUGUGUCUGCUGGGUGAGAACCAGCUCGAGAUCGUCUGCUCUAAACUGUACACGACCGCACACGUCAUCGCUCCUGUGUGAAGCACAUCUGCACAGGCCGUGCCGGUUUGCGUCGUGUGCAGUUCAAAAAUGAACCAGUGUUUUGGCACUCACAAUUCAUUCAAUCAAACCACACUCG